UUUGCAUUCCUUUUUAUGUUAUUCAUGUAUGGGAUUGACUGUCAGCAAAUCUUUCGCUAUGAUGCACUUCUGAUGACGAUAGGAAUUUAUAACUGCAGUUCUCAGUAAGGAUCGCGUAUCUUUAUUUUCCUAGGAAGGUAAGUUUUUCGUUUUUAAUCAUCCUUUUAUGUUCAACUUGAUUUGCAUCUGCAGUAGAUAUGAUUGUGAAAUAUUUUGCGGCUAUGGAUCUGUUUAACAUUCGUGACAAUAAAGAACAGACUGGAUUAUUGGCAGUUUCUUUUUUCUUGGAAAUCUUGGCAGUUAGUUGUUCCCAUCACAAAUAACUGUUACCCUCACAAAUAAUUGAGGCAAGUUGCUGGUUUUUUGGGUUAAGGAAGUUAGUUACAAGUCACAGUAUUAGUUCAUUGACUAAUAUCAAGAUGAAAUAUCAUAGAAAAUUAAAUAAAAUAGAUUAACUGAAGAUACUAAACGAACAUGCCCCCCUUUAUAAUGCAUUUUUUUUUACAACUAAAAUGAUGUUAUAUUGUUAUCGGCUUCUGAGAACAUAUAUUGAACUGUUUGGUACAUCAUGCAAUUGAGUCUUUUCUUCUGUGUGUGCCUGUGGUGUAUGUAGUGUUCUCCUGUUGCUCUUACACAAUCUGGAAUAAACAUAGAACCUUAACUAGUGUACCUGAUAUUUGUGUAAUGUGUAUGAGAAUGGUGGGACUGGGGACAACAAGUAUUUGCUUUACAGUUGUAUGGUAAAAAUUAACAUGUACUGGAUAUAAUAUUUUAACUGUAAUAGCUCCAUUAUUUAGCACUUUCUUUGCCUUUUUUUCUUCACUUUCAUUUACUGAAUGUUACAUUUAUAAUAUGAUCCCCACUCCCCAGGCACCUGAUAUUAUAUUCUGGUCAUUUUCGCAGCUUGUAAGUUUAAAUUUUCUGGGCUUGUAUCUCGCCACCAUUUUGAAUAAAUUUUAUGUCUUUAUCUGCAAUGUUAAAGUGUCCAUUGGUUUAGACCUAUAGUAUCAUUUCUGCCUAGAAAUCUUAUAAUCCUGCGUUCCCAUUUUCUUUUAGUCAGCCUGAUAUUUGGCAUAAGCACGACAAUGCUAUAGCAAUAUAGACAGACCAAUAUAUAGUUAUUGGUAAUUCCAAUGAUUAAUUUGUUUUCUUUGCAUUUAGGAACUGGCACUUUAAGACGAAACUCAAAAUCUGAUUGUUAAUGUUUCUAUAUGCAUGAUCAGCUCGAUAAAAGUUACUGCUGGUAUGUAGGACAAAGCUGUCCAGUUGCCGAAGUACUGAUACCUUCUGAUGGUGAUAACCAUUAUUUGUUAAUUGUUCGUCUUAUCCUCUUGAUUUUUAUGAAACAGCUACUUAAGUUCUUCUUCGCCAGAUCCCAAUGCCAAUCUUGUUUACUAGUUCUCAGAAACAACCAAAUGUAGAGUAUUCUGCACCUAGAUCCUAACCUCACAAAGGAAUCAUGAACCAGAAUAAGGCCAAAGCUGGGACUUUCUAUAAGGGCAUAUGGUUGAUGACAUGCAUAAUUUAUCAGGCAAGACUUUCUUUCACUCUGUUUAUUAGAUUACUCGAUGGAGCUUCCAUUUCCAUCAAUACUCUUCACCUUCCUCUUCAUUGUGUUUCUAUUAGUCAAAUUCUGGAAUAGAUUUGAAACUAAUAACCGGUUAGCCCCAAAAUUGCCUCCCGGGCCAUGGAAGCUACCCAUCAUAGGCAGCAUACACCAUAUUGCUGGCUCUCUACCUCACCAUACGUUGAGAGAGUUGGCAAAGAAGCAUGGACCUUUAAUGCACCUCAAACUUGGUGAAAUUUCUGCAGUUGUCGUCUCUUCACCAGAAACCGCAAGGGAUAUUAUGAAAAUUCAUGAUAUAAACUUUGCUUCAAGGCCCAUACUUCUUGCAACAGAACUUAUGUCUUAUGGUUCUGCAAAUAUAACCUUUUCCCCAUACGGUGGCUAUUGGAGACAAGUGCGGAAACUGUGUGUGUUUGAGCUUUUGAGUACGAAACGAGUUCAGUUGUUUAGAUCUGUCCGAGAAGCAGAAGUAGCCAACCUGAUCAAGUUACUAGCUUCUACUAACCAUUCUCCUGUCAAUCUUACUGCGAAAUUGUUUGCAACAGCAUAUAGUACUACCUCGAAGGCAGCUUUUGGUGAUGAAACCAAGGACCAGCAAACUUUCAUAUCAAUUGUCACCGAAUUGACAAAAAUUGCUUCUGGAUUCAAUGUUGCUGAUUUGUAUCCUUCCAUUAAGCCUUUUCAGUGGAUUAGCGGGGUCAGGCAAAAACUCGUGAAGCUGCAACAACAGACAGACCAAAUUCUGGAAAAAAUUAUAAGGGAACACAUAGAAGCCAAAACAAGAAUGACUGGUGAAAGUGGUUUACAUGAAGAUCUUGUAGAUGUUCUUUUGAAAUUUCAGGAUAAAGGUGGUGAGUUUCAACUGAAAAAGGACAACAUCAAGGCGGUUCUCUCGGAUAUUUUCGUUGCUGGAAGUGAAACAUCAGCCACUGCUGUUGAUUGGGCAAUGUCAGAAAUGCUGAAGAAUCCAAGAAUCAUGAAAAAAGCACAAGAUGAAGUGAGACAGGUCUUCAGUAGCAAAGGAAGUGUUGAUGAAACGGAAUUUUAUAGAUUAAACUACCUGAAAUCAAUUAUUAAAGAGACUCUUCGGUUGCACCCAUCUGCUCCUCUAUUACUUCCAAGGGAGUGCCGACAGAAGUGCAAGAUUCAAGGAUAUGAUAUACCAGAGAAAACUAGAGUCAUUGUGAAUGCUUGGGCAAUUGGAAGAGAUCCAAAGUAUUGGGAAAAAGCUGAAUGUUUCUAUCCAGAGAGGUUUCUCGAUAGCUCAGUUGAUUACAAAGGGGCUGAUUUUGAGUAUAUACCCUUUGGUUCUGGAAGGAGAGUGUGUCCAGGCAUGUCAUUUGGCAUUGCCAACAUCGAGCUUUUACUAGCAAAUUUUCUAUACCAUUUUGAUUGGAAACUCCCCUGUGAGAUGAAGAAUGAAGAACUGGACUUGACAGAGACGUUUGGCGUAACAGUUAGAAGAAGAGACGAUCUGUAUGUGAUUCCUAUUCCUCAUUACUUCUGAUUCAAUAUUAAUACUUGUAACAAGCAUGAGACAUCUGAGACUGCUUCAUGUUUCAAUAGGCAAUAUGUCUGAUUGUACUUUCUUUAUACCCGAAUCAAAAUCAUGACAAUGUAGCUGCAGAAUUUCUCGCAGUAAAUUCAUAUAUACCGCUCAAUAUUUUUUA